AACCAAAACCUCCUGAAGAUUGACAUUCCCCAGCAAGGAGGAAUUUUCCAGGCCUAAAUUCAUCUCCUACCAGCAACAGCCCUUUUUCCAAGUUUGGAAAACACUGGAAGACUGGAAAUCGCAACAGCAUGAAAGAGAAAGCAGAACCGAACAAGGAAGACGGGAAAGGUGAUACUAUGUCUGUGAUAUACAGCGAGGUGGCUGCCGAUGAGCCAACUACCAACAGCUUCUGGAUGCCCAAUCGCUACCAGAGCACAGUCAAACGUCUGGAUGAUGGGUACCGUGUCUGUGACCAGAUUGUAGCUUGCUUCCAGGAACGGGCAAAGAUUGAACGUAACUAUGCUUUGAUGAUGGAUGAAUGGUCUCGCAAAUGGCGGCCCCUGGUUGACGCAAGCCCGGUAUAUGGUUCCCUACUCCGGGCAUGGCAAGCUUUCCUGGGGGCUUCUGAGCGGUUAAGCCAAAUACACAUGGAGAUGCAAAGGGCUUUGGUCUCUGAGGAUGCUGGACGUAUCCGAUCCUGGCAGCAUGACUCCUAUCACCGCAAGCUCUUUGGGGGCUUCAAGGAGACUUGCGAGCUAGAAAAUGGUUUCCAGCGGGCUCAGAAACCCUGGACUAAGAAGCUCAAGAAGGCAGAGAAGGCCAAAACUCUUUAUCACAAGGCCUGCCGCAAAGAGCACAUUGCAACACUGCGGGAGAGUGGAACCCAGACACCAUCGGGGGCUGAAGUAUCUCCAGAUCGGCAGCGUACUUUGCGGGAAGAACAUCAACGUUGUAGCCAAGAAACCAACAAGAUCCGUGAACGUUAUCAGAAGGCCCUGCAGGAGCUCGACCGUUGCAGCCCUCGCUACAUGGAAGAAAUGGAGACUGUGUUUGAGCAGGGGCAGGCUCUGGAGCAGAGACGGAUUGUCUUCCUCAAAAGUGCCUUUUUCGCCCUGCAUCGGCGUCUGGAUAUCACUGCAGAUUCCAGUAUCCAAGCUGUUUAUGGUGACUUGCAUCAGGCCAUUGAGGAGAUAAAUGACCAAGAGGAUCUUAAAUUGUGGCGUAACCGAAAUGGCCCAGGAAUGCCCAUGAACUGGCCAAAAUUUGAGGAUUGGAGCCCUAAUCUUGACCUACAAGUGAAGAUCAAGAAACCCAAGGAACCAGAGAAAGUGACACCUUGUAGCAUCUCCCCCUCCCAGAGCUGUCCCAAGCCAGCACCUGCACCAAUAGCAGGCCAGCGGGUUCGUGCCGUGUAUGAUUAUAUUGGCCAGGAAGCAGAUGAGCUAAGUUUCAAGGCAGGAGAGCUUCUCACCAAAUUAGAAGAUGAGGAUGAACAAGGCUGGUGCAAAGGAGUGACUGACAGUGGACAUGUGGGCCUCUACCCUGCCAACUACGUGGAACCCAUACAGGGUUAGAUAGAAUGGGCAAAAACGGGGGAGUGGGUGUGGAAGGGAAGAUGGGAUGGGAUGCGGGGAGGACUUACCCAAUCAGUAAAAUUACAUUAUAUAUAAUUUGCAUUUCUGAGAUCACAUUUUGCAAGACGAAAGAUGCAAAAUUCAGUUCCUUCAGAGAUCCAGUUGCAUUUUGAUAGUCAUGAAGGUUGUUAGCUUAUGCAGGUGUGAAGUUCACCCUGAAAACUGUGGGAAAUACUAGUGAAAUCUCAGAAGCUGCAGUGGGUUGGUGGGUGGGUCCACAUGGAACCUCACAUGGGUGAUUCUGGCUUUUGCAUUCAGCAUAGCUUUUUGUCCCUCCCUUUAGUUGUAGAAUAAAUGAAUUGCAAAGCAAGCCCUCUGAAGCUCCAUUUACAUAUUGUAUUCACAGAAAGCAAGCCUUUUGUUGUUUCGAGGGUGGCACAAAUUGUUAAAGUAGACUCAAAUAAUAAAGACUCAGAAACAAAGCUGUGUAAAAGUGUAGUCACUAAAUUCCUCUACGUAGCACUUGUAAGUAAAUACAAACACAUAUUCACAUACAUCUACUGGACACAUACAUCCGGUCUAAUUUAUAACUCGGUAUGCCUGCAGAUUUUUAUGUGCUUACGUAAUUAUUCAUCCCUUCUUCUUGUUUCUCUGACACACAAACAAAUCAAGGUACCUUAAAGCUCUCCUUUAUUUGCCACAGAGGUUGAAAGCACCCUGUCCUGAAGGGCUGGUCAAACUUCACAAGAAGCAUAACAAGAAAGGUAUCUCACAAUCCCACAAAUUCUCUUUAGUCAUAUCUUAAUCCAAAGAUUUGCAACACGUGAGAUGGAUAUACAUUUGAAAAUGGCCCUCACAUGGCAAGUUAGUGAAGUAUGGGAAGUUUGUAGGACCCAACCACACCGUUCUUUCAACAUAUCCCUGAAUGAUUGACAUUUGGGGAAGAAAAACCAUUCAGAGGCAACUGCACUCCACCUAUAGAAGUACACUCCAUCCAUCAAAAGUGCAAAAACAAGGCUGAGACAACUAAGGUGAAUUUGUGAACAUCUGUGGGUUGUUUUUUGAAAUUGAUAUUUUAGCAGCUUUGGAUUUUGGAAAAUAAAGAAAUAAAUAAG